ACCUUCACCUUCACCCUCACUUUUACAUCUCCUUUCUGUAUUUCCUAACAGAUCCAUCUCUCAAGAUCCUUAAAUUUUUAGUAUUGGAAAAAGAUGUUGGUUGUUUGGAAAAUGGUGUUCUACACAAAGUAAACAAAUGAGCAAUGUCAUUUGUAGUUGGACUUCAUGUUUGUAGAUUUGUACCAAGCGGGUGCACAAAGACAUGUAAUAGUUGCUUUUGUGCGAGCAUCCCAGAAACAUGACAUCCACAAUUCCGACGCUUACACGCUUACAAAUCCCCCUUGAAGAGGUUGUAAAGGCCACCAACAACUUUGAUGAAGAAUAUGUCAUCGGAGGUGGUGGUUUCGGGAAGGUUUAUAGAGGACAACUCUCGGUGUCCGGGGAGAUGGUAAAUAUUGCUGCUCGCAGAUUAGAUCCAAAGCAUAGAGGCGGAGGGGUUGAGUUCUGGACCGAGAUUUCAGUGCUUUCUAGCCUCAAGCAUGAGAACAUGUUAUCUCUGGUUGGGUUUUGUGACGAGAAUGGUGAGAAGAUCAUUAUAAACAAGGAUGAGGCCACCAAGGGAAGUCUCUCCAUGUAUCUUAGCGACCCAACAACCCUCACCUGGAUUCAAAGAUUGAAAAUAUGUCUUGGCGUUGCGCGUGCGUUGAGAUACAUCCAAAAUAGUGAGGGGCGAGGUUUUAGUGUCAUACACCGUAACAUCAAUAGCUACACAAUCUUAUUAGAUGCUAAAUUUGAAGCCAAGUUAUCUGGUUUUGAAUAUUCUAUCAAACAAUCAGUAGAUCGAUCGGAGCGGGUUGUCCUUUUAGAAGCUAUUGGCACAAAAGGAUAUAUGGACCCAUCGAUUGUAAAGACGGGAGGUGUAAGUCACAAGUCCGACAUCUACUCAUUUGGAGUGGUUUUAUGUGAAAUAUUAUGCGCGAGGAAAGCUUUUAUUCCAGAUGCAGAUGCAGAUAAUAGAUUUUUAGCUCCAUUGUUCAGAAGUCAUUAUGAAAAUGGAUCACUGAAUGAUAUAAUCCAUCCGGAUUUGCGGCUUCAAAUGAGCCGACAAUCACUCUCCAGGCUCUCCACAACAGCAUAUUCUUGCUUAAAGCAGGACAGGGUACAACGUCCAAAAAUAAACGAUAUUGUCAUUGAACUUGAGAAAGUUUUUGAACUUCAGCAGCCACCUGAAAAUUUGAUAAAAAAGUUGGAGCACUUGAGGAUUCCCAUGCGUGAUAUAAUGUUGGCUACCGAUAACUUUUCUGAGGCAUACCACAUGGGGCAUGAGGAUUUCGUUGACUUAUACAUAGCAGAACUCGAGCAUAUUGAUAAAGGAAAUCCUUCCAUCAUAGAAGGGAUGAAUAAAAGUGAACUACCCAGGAGACGCAGCAAAGUCCUUAUAAAACGCAUCUUCCCAAAGGAAGACUAUGAGAUAGGAGAAGAAAUGUUCUAUACGGAAAUUAAAAUGCUUGACACUUGCAAGCAUCCAAACAUAGUCGAACUACUUGGAUUCUCUGAUGAAGGUUCUGAGAUGAUCAUUGUCGUUGAGCUUCUUUCCAGGGGAUUACUUGUAAGGUAUUGGAUGAUGUCCGGCAUGAGUCAAGUUCUUACUUGGGCAAAACGAUUGAAAAUCUGCCUCGAUGUUGCAAAAGCACUAAAUUAUCUUCAUACUGAGAUGGAGGACCAAAAGAGGAUAAUACACCGUGAUAUUAAGAGCGUCAACAUUGCAUUGGACGAGAAUUGGGGGCCAAAAAUUAUUGACUUUCGGCGCUCGGUAUUCCUCCCUCCAAAUCAAGAUGACGAUGCUCUCAUUCACACUACUCUUUUUGGCACUCGAAAUUACAUGGAUCCAGAAUAUAGGGACACUGGUAAGCUGAAAAGAGAAUCAGAUGUAUAUAAUUUUGGAGUAGUUUUGUUUGAAGCCCUAUGUGGGAGGUCAGCCUAUGACCCGAUAUACCUGAAGGACGGAGAGCAAGGGCUGGCGAUUAUGGCACGACGAUGCUUCCAAGAUGGAACACUACUGACGGAAAUGAUAGAUCCAAUAUUAAAUAAGAAGGAAAGAUGUGAAGACAACUUUAUUCAAAAAGGACCCAACAAAUAUUCUUUGGAGAGAUUUGUAAAAAUUGCACACGAAUGCAUUGCCAAAACACAAAACCGACGUCCAACAAUGAAAGUGGUCAUCCGGGAGCUUCAAAAAGCCUUAUUCUUUGAGGAGGAGGCGCAUUUAGAUACAGUGAAUAAUGCGGAUGAAGUUGAGGAAUUGUCGGAACUUAAUUUGACACAUGAAGAUUCUGAUAAGGCACAAUGGCCAGGGAUGGUUCAAGAUGUCGUUGGAAUUAAGAUAUCUAUGGAUCUUAAGUUGAAAAAUGGAUUGAAACUUGAAAAUUUGGUAAAAAAAUUGGAGCACUUGAAGAUUCCCCUCUGUGAUAUAAUGUUGGCUACCCAUAAUUUUUCCAAGGGAUACAUAACAGGAGGUGACGAGUACUAUUACUUAUACACAGUAAAACUCGAACAUUUUGAUACAGAAAUUCCUUCCAUCAAAAAAGGAAAGAAUAAAAGUGAUAUGUACAGGACACGCAACACAGUAGUUAUAAAACGGUACCUCCCAAGAGAAUACGACACAGCAGAAGCAAUAUUUUUUACAGAAUUUAAAAUUCUUGACGCUUGCAAGCAUCCAAGCAUAGUCAAAAUUCUUGGAUUUUGUGUUGAAGAUUCUGAGAUGAUCCUUGUCAUUGAGCAUCUACCUAAUGGAUACCUUGAAGAUUAUUGGAAAAAUCCCGAUAUGAGGCCUUAUCUUAGUUGGGAAAAACGUUUGAAAAUUUGUCUCGAUGUUGCAAAUGCAUUGAAUUACCUCCAUACUGAGAUGGAGGACCAAAUCACGAUAAUACACCGUGAUAUCAAGAGCUACUACAUUGCGUUGGGCAAGAAUUGGGGGGCAAAGAUUGUUGACUUUCAGAUGUCGCUAUUCAUGAAUCAAGAUGACGACACUCUUUAUCACAAUUAUUAUGUUGGGACUCGAGAGUAUAUAGAUCCAGAAUAUAGGACGACUGGUAAGUUGAAAAGAGAAUCAGAUGUAUAUGGUUUUGGAGUAGUUUUAUUUGAAGUCUUAUGUGGGAGGUUAGCCUAUGACCCAAAAUACCUUCAGGAGAGUGAGGACGGGCUCGCGUUUGUGGCAAGACGAUGCUUCCAAGAGGGAACAGUAAUGGACAUGAUAGAUCCUAUAUUAAAGAAAGAAAGUAGUGAAAACUCCUUUAGCCUAAAUAGAGGACCCAACAAAGAUUCUUUGGAGAUAUUUGUAAACAUUGCACACGAGUCCAUAGCGGAAAACCAAGACCAACGUCCAACAAUGAAAGUGGUUAUUGAGGAGCUUCAAAAAGCGUUAUUCUGUCAGGAGGAGAAGCACUUAGAUGUUGCCGAUGAAGUUGAGGAAUCAAUGGAACUUAAGUUGACACGUGAAAAUUCUAUAAAAAAUUUGGAGAUCUCGAAGAUUCCCCUCAGUUAUAUAGUGUUGGCCACCGAACGCUUUUCGAUGGCAUACAGAAUAAAGCCUACCUCGUACAAAUACUUAGAAUUUUACAGAGCAGAAGUCAAGCAUUUUGAUACACAAAAUCCUUCCAUCAAAGAAGAAGAUAAUAUAAGUGAUAUGUGCAGGACAGUAGUUAUCAAACGCUUCUGCCCAAGAAAUCACAUAGAAAAAGAAAUGUUCUACACAGAAAUUAAAGUGCUUGCCAUUUGCAAGCAUCCAAGGAUAAUCAAACUACUUGGAUAUUGUGUUGAAGGUUCCGAGAUGAUCAUUGUCGUUGAAAAUCUUUCUAAUGGAAACCUUUAUGAUUAUUGGAAAAACACCGGCUUGAGGCAUACUCUUACUUGGGAAAAACGUUUGAAAAUCUGUCUCGAUGUUGCAAAUGCAUUGAAUUACCUUCAUACUGAGAUGGAGGACCAAAAGACGAUAAUACACCGUGGUAUUAUGAGCUACAACAUUGAAUUGGACGAGAAUUGGGGGGCAAAACUUAUUGGCUUUCAUGAGUCAGUAUUCCUACCUCCGAAUCAAGACACACUCUAUGACAGUUUUCGUUCGGGUGUUCGUCGCUACUGGGAUCCAGAAUAUUGGGAGACUCGUAAGUUGAAAAGAGAGUCUGAUGUGUAUAGUUUUGGUGUAGUUUUGUUUGAAGUCCUAUGUGGGAGGUUAGCUUAUGACCCAAUAUACACAAAAGAGAGUGACGAUUUUGGGCUGGCGUUUGUGGCACGACGAUGCUUCCGAGAGGGAACACUAACAGAAAUCAUAGAUCCUAUAUUAAAGGAACAAAGGGGUAAGAACAGCUUUAUUCUAAAUAGAGGACCAAACAAAGAUUCUUUGGAGAAAUUUGUAAAAAUUGCACACCGGUGCAUAGCAACAACUCAAGACAAACGCCCAACAAUGAAAGUGGUCAUCCAGGAGCUUCAGGAUGCCUUAUUCUUUCAAGAAAACAACAAGGACGAACCUAUAAUUUCACUUGAAGUCAUAAGAUUGGCCACACGAAACUUCCAUCAUGAUAAUUGCAUUGGCGGAGGAGGAUUUGGGAAAGUUUUUAAAGGAGAAGUUCCACAAGGUGAUGGAUUCAAUACUAUUGUUGCGAAGCGACUGGAUACAAGGCUUGGUCAAGGAGCACAACAGUUUAGGAAUGAGAUCCAAAUUCUUUUUGAGUAUAAACAUGAGAAUAUCAUCUCUCUUGUGGGAUAUUGUGAUGAAAAGAAUGAACAAAUCAUUGUUUACGAGUAUGCGUCUCAAGGCAGUCUUGACAGGUAUCUGAAGGAUGCUCGUCUUACAUGGAUGAAACGGCUUAAUAUAUGUAUUGAUGUUGCAACUGCCCUGGCUUUCCUCCAUGGAGGAGCUGGGAAACAAGCUAUAGUGAUACACAGGGACAUCAAAACUGGUAACAUUCUACUAAAUGAUGAGUGGGACGCAAAACUUGCUGAUUUUGGGCUUUCCUUGAUAAGUCCAAUUAAUCAGGAAACAGACUAUGUCGUCGAUCAUGUGUGUGGCACUCGAGGGUACUUGGACCCCCUUUACUUAAAAUCGGGUUUCUUAACUAAAGAAUCAGAUAUUUAUUCAUUUGGGGUGGUUUUGUUUGAGAUCUUAUGUGGGAGAUCAACAUUUGAGAUCCAUAAAGAUAAAGGUAUGUAUCUACCAGGUUUCAUCAAAGAGAGCUUUAAGAAGGGAAAAGGGAAACAUGAUGACUUGGUAUUUGAGGCGCUAAAAGAACAGAUCGUGCCAAAAGCAUUGACUGCAUUUCAAACGAUUGCCUACCAGUGCUUACACGAUGAUAGAGAAAAACGGCCAACAGCAAAAGAAGUUCUACAACAACUCAAGGAGGCUCGGGAAUUCCAAAGACAAGCUAUGAGAGAUCAUGAUGAAGCCUUACAAAAACUUAAUGGAACAGAGAUUAGUACCAAACCUAUUGCUUUGGCAGUCAAUGAAGAACCUGACCUGCACACUAAUAUACUCAUUGAUGACCUUGACGAACAUGUAGAAGUUAAACAUGACCUUGUUGGAUUUCGUGGUUGUUUUGAGGCUAUUAUACAGUUUUUUUUCCAGCUGUUUAAUGGCUCUUAUGAUGCUCAUCGGGGUGUAGUUGGCUAUGUUACUACUUGUUCCUUCGGUUUUCCGGUGAUCCUUUUUUGGGGUUUCCGGUUUUCCGAUGUGCUUCCUGUUGCUUCUUCCUGUGCUCUUGCAUGUUGCAUCGGUUCUCCGGCGAGCCCUUACUUGGGUUUUCCGGUGAGCCCUUUGCUGCUGCUGUUGUUACUACGGCGGCUUGUGGUUUUCCGGCGAUCCCUUUCUGGGUUGUUGGUUAACUGUAUAUGCUGCUCUGCUACUGCGGGAUGUUUUCCGGCAAGCUCUUUUUGGGUUUCCGGUUAG